UACCAUACAGAGAUAAAUAAUAAUUAAAACAUUUAUCCUUAGCUUGCUUAUUAGUACCAAUAGCCAGUGUUCAGUGUACACUGUAGUGCAACCAUGGAGAAAGCAGCAACAUGCCUGUGCCGGAGGUUCCAUCUGUACAACGUUGUCACCGCCGUGACUCUGAUGCUGCAAUUUUUGUCGCCGCCGGCGUCGAGCCUUUCGUUCAACUUCUACGCCAUUUCUUGCCCUUCGGCGGAGUUGAUAGUGAAGAAUACCGUGAGAUCAGCUUCUUCUGUGGACCCCACCAUCCCCGGAAAACUUCUUCGCCUCCUCUUUCACGACUGCUUUGUUGAGGGCUGCGAUGCAUCUAUAUUGUUGCAAGGAAAUGACACAGAGAGGAGUGAUCCAGCAAACAAGUCCGUGGGAGGAUUCUCGACCGUUGAUUCAGCAAAGAGAGUGCUAGAGAUCUUAUGUCCAGAAACUGUUUCUUGUGCUGAUAUAAUUGCCCUGGCUGCUAGAGACGCAGUUGAAUUUGCAGGGGGACCAAGUGUUGCGAUACCCACAGGGAGGAGAGAUGGGAGGGUUAGUUUGGGUAAAAAUGUGAGACCAAACAUAAUAGACACAAGUUUCACAAUGGAUGAGAUGGUGAAAAUCUUUGCUGCAAAAGGGCUGUCUUUGGAUGACCUUGUUACCCUCUCAGGGGCACACACUAUAGGAUCGGCCCAUUGCAGUGCUUUCAGCGACAGAUUCCAGCUGGCCUCCAAUGGCAGCUUUCUCCCCGUAGACACCGCCCUAGACGAAGCAUACGCGGCGGAGCUAGCAAGGAAGUGCCCGUCCAGAGCAAGCGACGCCGUCACCGUCAACAACGACCCCGUAACGCCGUCUUUCUUUGACAACCAGUACUACAAGGAUUUGCUAGCACACAGGGGACUCUUCCAAUCAGAUUCUGCAUUGCUUAGAGACAAAAAGGCCAUGGCAAAAGUGCAGGAUUUCGCCGGCGACCAAAACAAUUUCUUCACCAGCUGGGAACAAUCAUUCUUGAAGCUUGUCACCAUCGGAGUGAAGGCCGGAGAAGACAACGGAGAGAUCCGACGCUCUUGCUCUACGGUCAACGCUUGAACAUUAUAUUGCAUGUUAGUAAGUGCUUAUUUUGACUUACAGAAAAGUGUGCAAUCACUAUUUAAAUGUGUACUCGCCGUUCGAAAAGUUAGCAUAUAUGAUGUAUAAUAUAAUGUUAGGAAAUUUGUGUAUUUUAUACCCACAAUUUACCUAUUUCAAACAAAGGAGAACACGAAUUCGAAAUAUUUCAUAACUUUUAAAA